UACACACGCACUUUCACUCUCUAAAACUAAAAGUACACUCACACUCCUUUCUCUCUCACACACUACACACCGACGAUGCAUUCUCUCUCUGUGUCCGCUACUUCUACAAACCGACGAGAUAUUCCCCGCUGUCAAAGAUUCCUCCACCGGCCCCCUUUUCCCCUUUCUCUUCGAAUCCCUAAAAUUUCAAUCCAAUCCCCCUCCUAAUUCCAAUCUACCCCCUCUGAAAAUCACUCAAUUCCUGUCCUUUUUUUUCAAUCCAAUUUCGUAAAAGAUUGUAUUUUUAUCAACAAACAGUGUAUGGGCUGUGUGGGUUCCAAGCCCGAGGAGUCACCGGCGGUGGCGCUCUGCAGGCAGAGAUGCACCUUCCUCGACGAAGCGAUCCACCAACGCUACGCUCUUGCGGAAGCUCAUUUAGCUUAUUGUCACUCUCUCAAGAACGUCGGUGUUUCGCUCCAUCGUUUCUUUGAUAUCCACUCCUCUGCCGCCGUGCACGGUCACGGUGGUGAUACUCCUCCGUCUCCGGUGCUUAACCUUCCUCCUCAAAGGAAGGGAGAGUCUUCCAAGCCGCCAGUUACUGCUCCUGUUCAUCAUCAUCAGCAUCAGCAUCAUGAUCAUUCGCAUUCAAAUUCUGGCUCAUCUCACCUUCACUUUCACUCUGAUUCCGAUGAAGAUUCCGAGGACGAUGACGGUUCCAUUCAUUUACACUCAGUAAAUGGGGGGUCUCCGUUGCAUCAACAUCGGCAUCGGCCGUACGAAAAUGUAACAUAUAAUGAUCAGCAUGAUACAGCAAGUUCUUCUUAUCCUCCCCCCUUUUAUCCCCCUUCUGGUUAUCCUCCUUCCGGUUAUCUUCCGUCAGGUUUUCCUCCAUCAAACUACCCCCCUGCCGGUUACCCACCGUCAGGUUAUCCCCCUGCCGGUUAUCCUCCAUCAGGCUACCCACCGGCCGGUUAUCCCCCGCCAGAUUAUCCACCGGCGGGUUAUGCUCCGGAAGGUUAUGCUCCUGGUCGUUACACGAUGAAUUUUAUGAGAAAGCAACCGACUCCGUCUGUAGUGUACCAGCAACGGCCAAUGAGUCCGGAGACAAUACAUUACGGUGAAGCUUCUUCCUCAUCAUCCUAUUAUAACAACAAUUAUAAUUAUCAAAACCCUAAUUCUUCCUCAUAUAACAACAAUUACUCUAACUACGGUGAGUUUUUCGGUUCUUCUUCUCGACAACCUCCAUAUGGUGGCGUCUCAUCGCCUCCGCCGAUUUUACAGGCAGAGGCAUCAUCUUCUAACUCAAAACCUUCUCCACCUCCUCCCCCUCCCCCGCCACCAAGCUCCUCGUGGGACUUCUUAAAUCCAUUCGAGACCUUCGAGAGCUACUAUCCUCCCUAUACACCAAGUCGCGAUUCAAGAGAGGUGAGAGAAGAAGAGGGGAUUCCUGAUUUGGAAGACGAAGAUUACUUCCAGGAAGAAGUCGUCAAGGAAAUACAUUCUUCAAUCCCAAAGUUCGUUGAUAGUGGAGGCGGUGGCGGUGGAAAUGGGGGUAAAGGUGAUUCAAAAAAGGCGGCUGUCGUUGAUGAAGAGAGUGAGAAAAGUUCCGGUGGUGAGUUGCAUUACAGAAGUGGCCCAACUGUGGUAGAAGACGAACCAGUGGAAUUUGAAGUUCAUGUGGUUGAUAAAGAAGAAACAUCUAGAUCGGAAAAACCUCUUGCUGACUUUCAAAACGAUUCCGAAGUGGUGAGAGAAAUUCAAGUUCAAUUUGAUCGAGCUUCAGAAUCGGGCAAUGAGUUAGCAAAGAUGCUUGAGGUCGGAAAAGUUCCACACAACAGAAAACACGCCGCCUAUCAGGUUCCCUCAAAGAUGUUGAACGUCUUUUCACCAUCAUUAGCAAUCGCAGCUUCUAAAUACACAUCUGCAGAAACCACCGAUCCUUCCAACUUAGAUGCUGGUAUAGAUUUAAGAACAAAGUCUCAACAUCUUUCAUCCACCUUACAUAAGCUCUAUCUCUGGGAAAAGAAAUUGUUUGAGGAAGUUAAGAUUGAAGAGAAAAUGAGAUUACUCCAUGAAGAAAAGAACAGAAGACUAAAACGUUUAGAUGAAAAAGGUGCAGAACCACACAAAGUUGAUGCUACAAGAACUUUAGUCAGAAGUCUUUCAACCAAAAUCAGAAUUGCAAUUCAAGUUGUGGAUAAGAUCUCUGAGCAAAUAAACCGAUUAAGAGAUGAUGAGUUAUGGCCACAGCUAAAUGACUUCAUUCAAGGGUUAACAAGAAUGUGGAGGUCAAUGCUGGAUUGUCACCAUAGUCAAACUCGAGCCAUUGGAGCUGCUAAGAGACUAGACGCGAUUGCAUCUCACAAACAUUUCAGUGAUGAUAGUCUUGAAGCCACAUUACAACUUGAACAUGAACUUUUAAACUGGACACUUAGAUUCUCUUGUUGGUUUGGAGCACAAAAGGGAUUUGUGACAUCAUUAAACAACUGGCUUCUAAAAUGUCUUCUAUACAUCCCUGAAGAAACAGCAGAUGGACCUGUUCCAUUUUCCCCUUCAAGAAUCGGAGCUCCAACCGUGUUCAUAAUAUGCAACCAAUGGGCACAAGCAAUGGAAAGGAUUUCUGAUAAGGAAGUGGUGGAAUCCAUGAGGGAUUUUGUGAGGAUUGUGCUUCAGUUAUGGGAAAGGGAUAAGCAGGAAAUGAGAAGGAGACUUGUGAUGCAUAAGAAUAUGGAGAGGAAAGUUAAGGAUUUGGAGAGGGAGGAUGUGAAGAUUCAUAAGGAGUUGCAGGUUCUUGAUAAAAGAAUUGUUGUUGGUAAUUCUGGAGAAGAUAAUGGGAUUUCAGCUGUUUAUCAGAGUGAGACUAGUAAAAGUGUUGGUGCUCAAACGAAUUUGAGACUUGUUUUUGAGGCUAUGGAGAGGUUUACAGCUGCUUCUUUGAAAGCUUGUGAGGAGUUGUUGCAACGUAUUGAAGAAGAUAAGAUUUCUCGUGAACAAGAGAAAGUUUUGUAGACAAUAUGAAGAAAAAAGAAAAGGAAGUUAAACUGAAAAAUGGAAGUAAGGAGCUCGAGUUCAUCUGAAUGAAUCAGAUGUCUGACAUGAUUCAGUCAAGACACACAACUUGUCUUGAAUCAGGUUUCUACUGCAGCGGUCCAACAUUCCGUCUAAUUGAAGACUGGAAACCAACAUUCCAACCGAAGUGAAAAGACGGAAUCAAGAUUCAAGAGUCGUCUUUGUACGCAACAUUUAUGAUGAUGCCUUUUGGCACGUGACUUGGUUUUUUGAUUGAAAGCUAAAUUUAGCUUUUUUAAAAGGCCUCAAUUUUGUAAGUGGAUGUAGUUUGUUUAUGUUAUUAAAAUAGAUACAGUUAGGUAGUAGUAGAUUAGCAAUAGCCUACAAUUUUUUGUUUAUUAAUAUCGUUGGUGUAAAUAGAAUAGCC